AUGAGCUCAGUCGAUUCAAGUGAGGUUGCACGCCUCCGAGAGGCCGAGAAGAGGGUAGUCCGAAAGAUCGAUCGAUUGCUCUUACCCAUCAUGUUGAUGACUUAUGGUCUGCAAUAUUACGACAAGUCCGUUUUGGGUACCGCGGCUGUUUAUGGUAUUCUCAAAGACCUUGACCUGACACGAACGAUCAACGGUGUCACAUAUACUACUCGGUACAGUACAGCUACGGCUGCCUUUUAUUAUGGAUAUAUCGUUGCUGUCUUACCCAUGGGUCUCUUAUUCGCUCGACUCCCCCUUGCUAAAACGGCUGCUGUCUGCGUGGUGAUCUGGGGAUUAGUCUGUAUCCUUACGGUUGUAUGCCACAACUACCCUGGCUUCGUUGCUCAAAGAGUCAUAUUGGGAUUCGUCGAGUCAGCCGUUUCUCCAGCUUUCGUAGCUGUCUGUGCUUUAUGGUGGAAGCCUCAAGAACAAGCUAAACGAAUUGGUUUCUUCUAUUCCGCCACCGGUGUUUUCAGUAUGUUCUCGGCAUUGAUCAAUAUCGGUCUCGGCAAAACUGGAGGUACCCAUCCCUGGAAAUCUAUGUACUACUUCUGCGGAUCUCUCACUAUCGCAUGGGGUUUCGUCAUCUACUUCUUCCUGCCUGAUUCCCCCCUAAAACCAGGUCGAUACUUUACCGAAGAGGAGAAACAGAUUUUGAUUAAGAGGUUCGAAGAGAACCCAUGGGGAAAUACACAACAGACAAUCAAACCCCGACAAAUACUCGAAGCUGUGUUAGACAUCAAGUCUUGGUUGUACCUUUUGAUGGGAGCGGCGAUUUACAUUUGCAAUGGUUCAGUGACUGCUUUCGGUGCAAGGAUCAUUUCUGGUUUUGGAUAUAGCAGUUUACAGUCCACUGCGUUACUUGUUCCUGGUGGUUUCGUUACGGUCGUCACCAUUGCUUUCUUUUCGUACUUUGCUGAUAAGUAUAAGAAUAUAAGGACUUUGUUGCUUCCUCUUAGUUGUAUACCUGUAGUAGUCGGUGCUUUGGUGGUAUGGCUUGCACCAUGGCAUCCCACCGUCGGUCCAUUGAUUGGUUAUUACCUCGUAGCAAGUUUCGGUGCUCCUUACGUUCUUCUCCUAUCUUUGGCUUCAGCAAACACAGCAGGAGCCACCAAAAAAGGAGUUACUUCGGGAUUCAUUUUUGUAGGUUACAAUGUUGGUAACAUCGUUGCGUCGUAUCUCGUUUUCGCUCAAGAAAAACCUAUCAAAUAUCGAUCAACAUGGAUCGCCGUUAUAGUCUGUAUGGUGUUCGCCUCUGCCGGUUCUAUCGCCUUGAGAUUCAUGUACAUAGCGGAGAACAAACGACGAGAUGAAUUGGCUCGUGGUGGGAACAAGAAUGCCAACGCUAUCGAAGGUAAUGGAUCGGUCGAGUCAGCAGAAAAGUUGGCCGGAGAAGGUCAUACGGAUAUUCCGAUUAUCGAGAAUCCAGAUAGGUAUCAGGAUAAAACGGAUAAAGAAUUAUUGGAAUUUAGGUAUACUCUGUAA